GUGAUACUGUGCCUGAAAGGGCUUGCUCGGCACGACCCUUAUGCAACCAACUCCCCGCUGGCCGCUGCCCUUGGUUUCACUCAAGCGGGGCCGAAGCAGUCAUCGGCUCAUGACCAGAAAUCAUCCAUCCUCCUCCUACAUCCAUCACACAGCUUGCCUUCCAACGUCGGAGACACACAUGUCCAGCUCUCAAGGGUCCUCUUCACGUUCCCACCUGACAAAGUUCCUCUCUCAAUUCUUCUUUCCAAACUCUACGACGACACGGUAGCUGCAUACUGUACCCUAUGUCUACCGCACUCUCCAUCCUGCAAAAUGCCCUGGCCAAGGAGCUGGAUUCCCUGAGUGACCCGGAGGACUGGUCCGAAUUCGGCCUCAUGGAUGUCGAGGAAGACACAUCAACACCGGAGGAGGUCUCAGCGCUGCGCGAGUUCGUACAGGCCUACAAUACCCCAAACGCCCUGGACGCAGAGGAGACAGCUCGCAAGCUCAUGUCGCUGAAUGAGGACCGCGUGCCAUGCGAUGGUGACAUUGACAAGGGCUGGCGAAUUGCCUGGCUGCUAUAUGAGGUUGGCAUCCAGAUGGUACAAUAUCAAGUCGCUAUCCUGGUAGUUUCCGACGCCGUUAUGGCCCUUCCCCGCUUAGAUGCGACACCUGAGCAGGAAGUCCGGUUCGGGAAGGAGAAGUUGGAGCGGUGGAGGAAAUUGGAAGUCUUUUGGUAUGACUGCUGGAACGAGAGAUGGGAUAGGUAUAACGAGUUUCGUUAUGGUAAUGGAAUUGGCGGCUAUAUCGCUGCGAAUGCAUGGGUGGCCCGUCAUCUUGUGCUACACCUCCCUGACUUUUACUACACCUCUGACCUAAGUUUAGCCUUUAGCCGGAUGAUAUUGGCCCUUGAGAAAGAUCUGUGGAACCAUCCUGAUGUGGAAGAAGAUGAUGAGGUCGUCAUCCGCUCGCGCAAAGACUAUACUAUUGCCACGCUUAACACCGACGUUCACGCCUUGGUCCCAUUCUUGGUGAUAGCAGGAGAUAUAAUGUACCGAUAUACCGACAGAGAGAUGAUAGCGCGGAGGUUCGCAGAGGCAGAUCAAGAAAACCAUGUGCACAACACAAGGGAGUUUUGGCAGCGAUUCAGUACAAACCGUUCCGAAAGAUCCUUGUGGAAGGCAGAGAAGAAAGUCGACCAACAUGAAUGGCUGACGCGAGAGAGGUGGGCUUUUUGGAAGAAAAGAUUGGCAUGGAUUUCAGAGCAGACCGAGCUCUUACAACGGACUCGGGACGAGGCGAUCAUGAUUGUGCAGCUGAUGACGGAGAUCGAGGGUCGUGGGGCGUAAACACCAAGGAACGUAUCACGCUACAACGGGGCCACGGAGACACAGUCAACGCCAAUGAACACAACGCAUUAUCGCCUUCCCCUUGAGACUGGUGCCUUGUCGCUGCCGGCCUUGCAGGGCAGGUAGCAAAAGUAUAUUGGAUUCUACAACCCAAACAGUGGCGGGAAGUAACAUGUUCCACAGGUGCAACUAUCCCCGAGUGUCCAUCAUCCAUCCAUCUCCCUUACUUCCCACCUCUACAUCCCCUAGAUGACUUGGCGAUAGUUCGCUUCUAACUCCCCCCAUCUCCUCCGUAACAUUCCUUUGUAAGCGAAGAACCAAAAAGAAAAAAUCACAUACGACCAUACCCACUGGAAAACUCGGGAUCCCGUCCGCUCUCCCAUAGAUAAGCCAAUGAGG